AUGAGAUUUCCUCGCGGAUUUCGUGGAAAUUUGGUGGAAAAACUGGUCACAAGUGGUGAAGACAUCUAAUUCCUCACCAGUGACAUCAUCCGCGCGCGGGUGACGUGAGAAGAGUUGUCGUGAAGGCAAUGAUUUAACCUUCAGUGCGGGGAAGAAAAACAAAGAGUUGAGCAACCUUUGAGGAGACUUUCUGGGUAUUUUCCGGACGGUGGCGCCCCAAUUUCCCAUCGGAGCCCCCCGCGAAGGUGAUGGCCAUGUGCUAGAGUGACGACAGAGUACAACUGUGGUGCGUGCGUGCGUGAAAAGUGGGCAAGAUGAUGGGGAGUGUCUGGAAGAGGCUCCAGAGAGUGAACAAGAGGGCGGCAAAGUUCCAGUUUACGGUGUCUUAUCACAGUCUGAGGGUAGAAACCACGGCCAAAUGGCGCCCCACAAACUUGGCUGUUGUUUGGACGAGGAGGAGUCGAAGAGUGGCUUCGACGCCUCUUCCGUGGGAGCCGGACAUGAUGAAUCCGCUGGUGGGACAGAUUCAGUGGCCAGUGCCAGACAAUCACACGAUUUCCGUGACGCUGUUCAAGGAUCCGCGAACGCACGAGCUGGAGGACAAGGAUUGGACGUUCGUGGUGGAGGAUGUGACGCAGAUGCGGAAGAAGCGCGUUCUGGCCAGCGCGAGCAUCAACAUGAGGAAGUAUGCCAGCAUUGAAUCCACUCAGCAAUCCUUCACGCUGACGCUGAAGCCCGUGUCGCGGAAGAUCACGUCGGCGGAUUUAGAGUUGACGCUGAGUUGUGUGUUCCUGAGAGAGGGAAAAGCCACAGAUGAGGAUAUGCAGAGCAUUGUGUCUCUGAUGUCGGUGAAUAAUAACUCAGAUGUGGCGCCUCUGGAUGAUCUUGAGGAUAUUCCGGAUCUGGAGAGUUCUGGUGACAUUUCUGAGCAUGUGCUGGACUUUACGCAACAACUGGAACUCCUGACGUCGAGUUUGACUGGCGGAGGAUCAGAAUUAGCGACUCCAAUGAGUGUGCCAUCACUGACGGAGGAUCAGACACCUUUGGCUGAGAAUCCUGCCAUUCCGGACCUGGAGGCUGACGUGGAGACACCGGGAAAGCGCCCCGAAGAGGCGCCAAGUGAAGUGACGCCCCGACAGCCCCAAAUUCCACCGCCAGUGAAUCACAUCUUUGAGAUAUCCAGUGGAAGCGCUUUCCUGUCCGGCAGGGAGAAGAAGGAGUUACCAGUGACGAAGGAGGAUGUGCAGGACUCUGCCAAGGAUACGCUGGUGGCGAAGAAGAGCGCCGAGGAGCGCGAACGAAGUCGACUGGAGUUGCAGCCGCUGAAGCUGAAGAAGAGCUAUGAGAAUGACAUUGAUCAGGUGGCGCCGGUGAAGAAGGUGAGUCUGAGGGAGAGAACUCCUGGCCAGGAUCUGCUUGAGUGGUGCAAGGAGAUCACGAAGGACUAUCAGGGAGUUAAAGUGACGAAUCUCACGACGAGCUGGCGAAAUGGACUGGCUUUCUGUGCCAUCAUUCACCAUCACGAGCCGGAAUUGAUUGACAUGAGCAAACUCUCGCCGCACGAUGUUGUCGGCAACUGCCGGACGGCGUUUGACGCCGCCGAAAGUCUGGGAAUUCCGCGUGUUAUCGAGCCCAGAGAUAUGAAUCUGCUCGCUGUGCCGGACAAGUUGGCGGUCAUGACGUACCUUCACCAGCUGCGCGCCCACUUCACGGGUCAUCAGCUGGAAUUGGAGCAGAUUGGGAAGACGAGCGAUGAGUCGAGCUACGUGAUUGGUAACUACAAGACGGACAACUUGCCGGAGAAGAUGCUGGAUCAGCUGAAGCUGCUGGACGCCCGGGAGGAGGAGAGGCGGGCAGAGAGUGAGGAGAGGAGCGAGAAGUCGCCCACAACGAAGAAGGAUGUGAAGAACUUCUUCUUCACGGGCGGCAAGUCACUGAUCGGGAAAGUGUUGUCGCCCACGCGCGACAGAGCGGUGAGUCAGGAGCCUCAGCCGCCCAGGGAGAAGCCCAUCCUGAUGACCAGGCGGGAGUUGACGGAUCCUUUUGGGUCGGACGAAGAGGAGGAUGUUCUGCCGACGGCAGAGAAAUCUAGUCAAGAGACGCCUGAAGAUCCAAACGCGCCGCCAAUCAAUCUGGAUUCCGAGACGACGAAUAAAAUCCUCAACAGACAUAAGGAGAUGAGCGAGAAGGCGAGAGUGAUGAUGGAGAAGUUGAAGCAGAACAGCUUUGAGAAUGGAAAGGGUGAUCCGGAUAAUGAGGAGCGUCAGCAACGUCUAAGAGAGCAUGCUCGUCGGUUAAUCGCCGAGACUCGGGCUAAAUCGCUCAAUCUCGAUUCCCCGUCAUCGCCCAUCAAGAUGGUCACGCAGAGGAUCACGCUGUCGCCGGAGAGGACGAUUUCGCCCAUCAACAACAUGGAGUUCAUCUAUCGCAGUAAGGAGAACUCGCCGAUUCGCAGUGGCUCCAUUUCGCCCAUCUACAGGGACAGAAUCACGCCGCCCAGGGACAGUCCGCUGAAGUCAAUCGACCGAGAGAACAAUCACAGUAGCCCGCGGAAUGAGAAGAAUGGAAAUUCGCCACUGCAAUCCUUCAACUCUGUGUUGGAUCGCAUCUCGCCGCAGCGCGAGAAGAAGCUGGACAAGAUGUCGUACAUCCAGAGUGAACUGGACGCGCUGGAGUGCGAGCAGAAGGCGGUGGACCUCAAAGCCAGUGCGCUGGAGAAGAAGCUGAGGGAUGUGAUGGGUGGAAAGACAGCGGAUUCGGAUGAGACUGAGGAGCAGCUACUCUCUCAGUGGUUCACUCUAGUCAACAAGAAGAAUGCCCUCAUCAGGCGACAGAUGCAGCUCAACAUACUCGAGCAAGAGAACAAUCUGGAGAAGAAGUACGAACUGCUGAAUCGCGAGUUGCGAGCGGCGCUGUCGGUGGAAGAUUGGCGCAAAUCCGAGGAGCAGCGCGAGCGUGAGACUCUCCUGCUGGCCGAAUUGGUUGCCAUUGUGGACAAACGCAAUGAACUCGUCCACAAUCUUCACACUCAAGAGCAAGCAAUUGAGGAUGACGAUGAGAUCGAGAAGAAGCUGGAACACGUGGAGAUCAAUCCAAAGGAAAAGUGUGUGAUUCAGUGAUGGGAAUUCACGGUGGUUUUUGCCUUUCGCGUGUUCGCGCGAAAGAAGGAAAAAUAUUGAUGAAAUUCGUCCAUGAAAUUUGAGAGCAAAAAAUAAUGUUUCCCGGGCUUUUUAGCGAUUUUAUUGGUAAAGCUUUGAGGUUUAUUUUAUCAAAAUUGUCAAGAAAUUCAAUACCAAAGAUUUCCUUCUGGCCCUCUUGAGAGGUUUGUUUUUGGCCUACGGCUUCAGGUUCUCGAGUCGAUUGAGUUUCAGACUGGUAGUGAAGAACUAUUAACACAGGGUUUUCAACGAAUCAUUCAAGAAUACAUUCGAAUAAUUCUUUCUACACAAUUCCCGACUUUCCUCGAGACUUUUAUUCACAAUCACGAGCUUUCAGUGGCGAGGAAGAAGAGAAGCAGAAUUCUAAUUUAUACAAGAAGAAGAGAAAAAAAAACACGAGAUUAGGUAGAGCUUAAAAUAUGUUGUUGUGUAAUUUUGUGAUGCAAUUUCCCGUGAAGUUUAAUAAGGAGUUUUAAUAAUAAUAACGACGGGAAGAAAAGCUUUUUGUCAUUGUCACAGCGAUUCAAUGAGGAGAUAAUAAUUUUUUUUUUAAUUAAUUUCCUUCUUUU